CAGUACCACAUUUUCUGCAUAGCACAUCUUAAGACAACAACACCAACAUGGCCCCAGCCACCAAGUCCCAGCCCUGGAAGCAGUUCUGGCCGCCAGCAGAUGGCGUUGCCGCCCAGGUUGAGCAGACCCCCGAGGAAAUGGAUCUCCAGCGCUCGUACGGGACCCACGCCUCCAACACCAAGGGUCGCCUCUUCACCAUUGACAAGAAGGUCCAGCCGUGGAAGGCCAACUGGCCUCCGAAGGAUGCUCUAUCGGCUGAGACCCAGCUCACCGAGGAGGAGAUGAAUCUCCAGCGCUCAUAUGGGACGCAUGCGUCCAACACUAAGGGACGUAUCUUCACCAUCGAGAAGAAAGUCCAGCCAUGGAAGGCAAACUGGCCCCCCAAGGAUGGCCAGUCGGCCGAUACCCAACUCAGCGAGGAGGAGAUGAACCUCCAGCGUUCGUACGGCACCCAUGCCUCCAAUACCAAGGGCAGGAUCUUCACGGUCGAAACCAAGCCUGCUGUAGGCUGCCACACGGUUGAUAGUUCCAAAUGCACCAAUAUAGUGGGGUUCUACAUGCCGAAACACCACUACGACUCGGUAAUUACGGCCCGUUCCGCAACGGGCAGCGAGCUUCCAGGGGGGGAACCAAAACAACGCAGAGGAGAGAUCACCAGCAUUCUGGAAACUGUCCCAUUCACAUCGGCUCAGUGA